AUGAACAUUGUCAACCAACUGGUAAAGGAACAAACCCCUACACCAAAGAGGCCAGCAAUUAAAUCAGAAUUAUACAAGGAUAACAAAGUUCAUGGCAUGCAGAUUGUUGACUUCAAGAGGAUUUUGGGGAUGACACCAAUAUCAGGCAACAGGAGAAAACAUUUAAAACUUCAGAGAUGGAGAGGACAUACAGGUAUAGCUGACUGUGCAAAACCCAAGGUCAUCCCAAAACCAGAUAUAUAUCAGCCUAUGGUACAGCAAGUAACAGACCUAAAACCAUACACCCACUACAUUGUUAAAGUGGCAGCAGUGAAUGGAGAAGGUGAAGGACGCUUUGAUAAUGCAACAGCAAAGACUGAGGAAGAAACUCCACAAAAACCUGGAAAUAUAAAAGCAACUAAUAUAGAGGCCAAGACUCUGACAUUGUCCUGGGAUGUAGCAGGUCCCCCACCUGGCAACACAACAUACACUUUAGAAGUGUAUGAAGGGACGGAUGAUACUGGAACAAACUUUACCCCGAAACAACCAAAUCUGUAUGCAUACGGUUUUCACCAGAAGUCAUUGUCCAUAACUGAUCUGGAGGAAUACUGGCCGUACAAGUUCAAAGUUAUUGCUGCUACAGUUAAAGGGACUAGUGAAUCAGAUGUAUCAGAUAUUGUCAGAACGAAGCAAGCAGCACCAGGACCAGUGGAAAACUUGACUGUCAAUAUUAAAGAGGGGAACUACAGAGUGGCAUAUGCAUAUUGGAACAUUCCAUCACUGAGGGACCGGAAUGGUGUCUUAGAUAACUAUAAUGUCAAAGUCAUUAAUCAAGGGACAGAGAUAUUAUCAGAAACAAUACCAGUCUCCUCAAUACAACGUGUUGAACAAAAUUUUACAGUUGUACCAGAGGAAACAUAUACAGUAACAGUAUCUGCCACAAAUAAUGAGAGUAUGUCAGGUCAGGAAGCCCAACAUCCCUACAGAGUACCUGCUGGCAGUCCUCCAAUAGACUAUAGUGUAGACUUGAUAAGUACUAAACCAGGUCAACACAAGUCGACACAGCAAUCCAUCACAGUAGAACUCAACACAGAUUUCUUCAAAAAUGAUUUAAAUGGAAAUCAAGUUCUGUUUGGAAUAACUGUGUGUGAAGAAUCUAAAUGUAAAAAUCAAGGAUCAUUAGAUAGGAAAGAAGAUUGGGCGGGGCUGCCAAACUGGCAUGGUGCCAGUAAAAAUGGAUUUCCGUUAUACAGAGUCACAAAUGACAAAUACAUGAAAGAAAUCAGGAGUAGAGGAUCCAGAAGAAAAAGAUCAAUAUCUGAAUUUACCAUUGGACAAGAUAUUGCAUGUUCCUCAAUGGGUUCUAAUGUAUACUGUAAUGGACCUCUUAAUGCUGGACAAUCAUAUAGGGUGAUUUUAUUUGGUUGUACAAAUGGAGGAUGCUCACACUCAGUCCAAUAUGGGCCCUAUUCAACAGUUAAAAUACCAGAUGAGGAUAAAUUCCCCGUUGGAGCUGUUGUAGGUGGGGUGGUAGCCGCUGUCGCUGUAGUUUUUGUCAUCAUUAUAGCCAUGGUGGUCGUUAAACGACGAAG